CUCGUCGACUGUUUCGCUUCAACAUUGAAAAAGUGAGGAAAAAGGGGUUUUUCUUUUACACUCCGCGUCUUCAGCAUUCGAUAUUCCCGGCGACGUUUACUCUGCUCUCCAGUCUCCACCGCCACCGCCACCGCCGUUUUCCUCCAUCGUUUCGACUGAACGCAGUCUAGUGUUUGAGGUAUGACCGAAAUGGACAUUGAAGAGAUUGAGGCUGCUGGGGAGAUCGAUCUGUCUGAUCUAGGAGAACCUUUUCUCCAGAGUUUCUGCAAAAAAGCCGCGACGUCGUUCUUUGAAGAGUAUGGGCUUAUAAGUCAUCAGCUCAACUCCUACAACUUCUUCAUUCAGCACGGGCUUCAGAACGUGUUUGAAUCCUUCGGUGAGAUGGUCGUUGAGCCGUCUUUUGAUCCGACAAAGAACAAGGACGACGAGUGGAGAUACGCAACUGUGAAGUUCGGAGAAGUCAGCAUAGAGAAGCCCUCGUUCUUCUCAGAUGACAAGGAGCUUGAGUUUCUCCCAUGGCAUGCCAGGCUUCAGAACAUGACAUACUCGGCUCGGAUGAGUGUAAAUGUCGAAGUUGAGGUGUUCAUAAAAAAAGUUGUUAAAAGAGACAAGUUCAAGACGGGACAAGAUGAAUAUGUCGAGAAGCAGAUUUUACAUAAGAGAACGGAGGGUAUUCCAAUAGGCAGGAUACCCGUGAUGGUGAAAUCUCUCCUUUGCAACACAGUGGAGAAAGGAAAGAAUGGGGAAAACAACAAAAAGGGGGAUUGUGCUUUUGAUCAGGGUGGAUAUUUUGUCAUAAAGGGUGCUGAGAAGGUUUUUAUUGCUCAAGAACAGAUGUGCACAAAGAGACUUUGGAUUUCUAAUUCACCAUGGACAGUCUCUUACAGGUCCGAAAUGAAAAGACAAAGAUUCAUUGUUCGUCUGUCUGAGGAUCCAAAAGCAGAAGACUAUAAGAGAAGGGAGAAAAUACUCACUGUCUAUUUCCUCUCGACUGAGAUCCCAGUAUGGGUCCUGUUCUUUGCGCUGGGUGUUAGGUCAGACAAAGAGGCCAUUGAUCUGAUCGCUUUUGAAGGUGAUGAUGCAAGCAUUACCAACAGUCUCAUAGCUUCCAUCCAAGAAGCUGAUGCAGUUUGUGAAGCUUUUCGCCAUGGGAUCAAUGCUCUAGGAUAUGUUGAAGAGCAGAUAAGAAGCACAAAAUUCCCACCUGGCGAAAGUGUGGAUGACUGCCUGAGUCUCUAUUUGUUUCCAGGCCUCAAGAGCUUGAAGCAGAAGGCACGAUUCCUGGGAUAUAUGGUGAAGUGCCUUUUGGACGCAUAUGCUGGGAAAAGAAAAUGCGAGAAUCGAGACAGCUUCAGAAACAAGAGGAUUGAGCUAGCUGGAGAAUUGUUGGAGAGGGAGUUAAGGGUGCAUCUUGCACAUGCUAGAAGAACAAUGACCAAGGCCAUGCAGAGACACCUCACGGGUGGUGGCGAUUUGAAGCCUAUUGAGCAUUAUCUGGAUGCUUCCAUUAUCACAAAUGGGCUUAGUAGAGCCUUCUCCACCGGAGCAUGGUCUCAUCCUUUCAGGAAGAUGGAAAGGGUUUCAGGAGUUGUCGCUAAUCUUGGCCGGGCCAACCCAUUGCAGACUCUGAUUGAUCUGAGGAGAACGCGGCAGCAAGUCCUGUAUACCGGCAAGGUUGGAGAUGCUAGAUACCCGCAUCCCUCUCACUGGGGCAGAGUAUGCUUUUUGUCAACUCCAGAUGGUGAAAAUUGUGGUCUUGUAAAGAACAUGUCUCUCCUUGGACUUGUUAGCACUCAAAUUUUGGAGCCUGUGGUGGAGAAACUCUUUGCUUGUGGAAUGGAAGAGCUGGUUGACGAUACCAGUACACCACUGUGUGGGAAACAAAAAGUUCUUCUCAAUGGAGACUGGGUUGGAUUAUGUUCAGAUUCUGAAUCUUUUGUUGCGGAGUUAAAAGCCAGGCGGCGUCAAAGUGAAUUACCUCGCCAGAUGGAAAUCAAGCGAGAUCAAGAUGACAGUGAGGUGAGGAUUUUCACUGACGCUGGUAGACUACUCCGACCUCUCUUGGUUGUGGAAAAUCUCCACAAGUUGAAACAAGAUAAACCUGCACAGUAUGCCUUCGAGCAUCUUCUUGACCAAGGGAUUCUUGAGCUGAUCGGGAUUGAGGAAGAAGAAGACUGUAACACAGCAUGGGGAGUCAAACAGCUUCUGAAGGAACCUAAGAGUUACACACAUUGCGAAUUGGACCUGUCCUUCCUGUUGGGUGUGAGCUGUGCAAUUGUCCCAUUUGCUAAUCAUGAUCAUGGUAGGAGAGUUCUCUACCAGUCCCAGAAGCAUUGCCAACAAGCUAUUGGGUUCUCAUCAACGAACCCUGACACCCGCUGUGAUACGCUUUCCCAGCAGCUGUUCUAUCCCCAGAAGCCACUUUUCAAGACACUGGCGUCUGAAUGUUUACAAAAAGAAGUGCUGUUUAAUGGCCAGAACGCUAUAGUUGCUGUGAAUGUUCACCUUGGGUACAAUCAAGAGGAUUCCAUUGUCAUGAACAAGGCUUCACUGGAACGCGGUAUGUUCCGUUCGGAACAGAUCAGGAGCUACAAAGCAGAUGUUGACAGUAAGGACUCGGAGAAGAGGAAGAAGCUGGAUGAGCUGGUUCAGUUUGGAAAGACACACAGUAAAAAAGGAAGAGUAGACAGCCUUGAUGAUGACGGGUUCCCUUUUCUUGGUGCUAAUAUGCAAAGUGGCGAUAUUGUCAUUGGCAGAUGUACCGAGUCUGGGGAUGAUCACAGUGUAAAACUCAAGCACACUGAGAGAGGCAUUGUGCAAAAAGUGGUAUUAUCAUCUAAUGACGAUGGGAAGAAUUUUGCUACGGUUUCUUUGAGACAGGUUCGUUCUCCAUGUCUUGGAGAUAAAUUUUCCAGUAUGCAUGGGCAGAAGGGUGUUUUAGGCUACCUAGAGGAACAGGAGAAUUUUCCUUUCACGAUGCAAGGCAUAGUUCCUGAUAUUGUGAUAAACCCGCACGCUUUCCCUUCAAGGCAAACACCGGGCCAACUCUUGGAGGCUGCUCUCUCCAAAGGAAUAGCUUGUCCUAUGCAAAAGAAAGGCAGCUCUGAGGCAUACACCAAAUUAAUACGUCAUGCAACUCCUUUCUCCACUCCCAGUGUCAGUGAAAUCACCGACCAGCUUCACAGGGCUGGCUUUUCAAGAUGGGGAAACGAAAGGGUCUACAACGGAAGGUCAGGAGAGAUGAUGCGUUCACUCAUCUUCAUGGGGCCAACUUUCUACCAGCGACUUGUCCACAUGUCAGAGGACAAAGUCAAAUUCAGGAACACCGGACCAGUUCACCCUCUCACGCGCCAGCCAGUUGCAGACAGAAAGCGGUUUGGCGGAAUCAAGUUUGGAGAGAUGGAGCGAGACUGCCUAAUUGCUCACGGUGCUUCAGCUAAUUUGCACGAGCGUCUCUUCACUCUAAGUGAUUCCUCGCAGAUGCAUAUCUGCAGGACAUGUCAAAACGUUGCCAAUGUGAUCGAGAGGCCAGCGGAAGGUGGUGGAGGGAAGGUCAGAGGACCUUACUGUAGACUCUGCAAAUCUCCAGACCAUGUGGUUAAGGUUUAUGUGCCUUAUGGAGCUAAGCUUCUGUAUCAGGAGCUCUUCAGCAUGGGCGUCACUCUCAACUUCGACACCAGACUCUGCUGAUUUCCCUCCUUUUAUGUUUAUAUCAUCAUCAAACAAUAUGGCUUAGUGCCUUUGGACCAUGUGUAUUUGAUUCGGUUCAGGUUCAUGUUCGGAUUUGUUUUGGUUUGGUUGUUUCGGUAAGGGUUACCUGAACCGAAGCAGCCUUAUAAACCAAACUGAACGAAACUAACCAGUCCUGCUUUGAAUUGCUUCUUUUGUGAGCUUUGACUCUUAACCGUUGAUGUUUUAAUCGGUCUCAACUCUUACGGGCUUAUAAUGUUCCGGGUUUCUGUGA